GGGGUAGGGAUAACUAAAGAUAACGGCCGGGAGGGAACUCCACAAGACAGGGAGAGUCAGAGAAAAUGGGCAACAAGUGCGGCGGCUUCGGCCAUGGCAGGUGAUUCGAGGACUCAGCACGAGGCGAGAGUAGGGACCGGGAAGAGCCGGAAAACCCGCCUGUGAUUGGCCGUCCAGGGGUAUCGGUCGCUUGUGAUUGGUGAAGUCCAAACAGACAGCUGCGUUUUGAACCGCGUAGGGUUCUGGGUAGCAAAGGCCUUGCAAAGGUCUUAACCGAAAGGGGGAGGGGGAAGGUCGCCAACAAACGGCUGAGCUCACAAUCCAGGCCGGGGCGUCCCUCUCCCCCAUGGAGAGAGCCAGACAGGAGCCGCCGCCGCAACAGCGCCCGUUGCAUCCCGCUCCGCCCCCGCUGCCGGUCGAGGGCACCACCUUUUGGGCAGGGGCCGUGGAGCCCCCUCCGUCGCCUCCCACACUAAGCGCGGCCGCCAGUGCGACCUUGGCCUCGUCGUGCGGGCUGUCCGUGGCGUCCGGCUUACAGCCCGCGGUGCAGCGGCUGCUGCAGGUGAAGCCAGAGCAAGUGUUGCUGCUACCACAGCCUCAAGCCUGGGACGAGGAAGCCGCUGCCUCGCCCGCGCAGGCGCGGCUGUUGCAGUUCAGGCCCGACCUUCGGCUCCUGCCGCCGUCGUCAGCGUCCGAGGGCGCCCCCUCCAGGCCGGAGUUGCACCCGGUGCAGCCCCGGGCGCUGCACUUCAAGGCCAAGAAGCAGGAGCUGGGGCCCGGCCUGGACCCGUCAUUGGGUCCUCGUGGGGGCGUCGAGACCGGUCCUAGAGUCUCCAGGGUGGUAAAGUUGGAAGGCCCCGGACCGGCCCUUGGCUACUUCCGAGGGAGCGAGAGGGGCAAGCUGGAGGCCGAGGAGGUCAUGAGAGACGCGAUGAAAGGCGGGGAAGGCAAAAGCCCGGCGGCCAUCCGAGAAGGUGUGAUCAGAACGGAGGAACCCGAGAGACUCCUCGAAGACUGCAGGCUCGGCGCAGAGCCCGCGUCCAAUGGCCUAGUUCAUGGCAGCGCGGAGGUCAUCUUGGCCCCAACGUCCGGUGCCUUUGGGCCGCACCAGCAAGACCUCAGGAUCCCUUUGACUCUCCACACGGUCCCCCCUGGGGCCCGGAUCCAGUUUCAGGGAGCUCCGCCUUCAGAGCUGAUAAGAUUGACCAAAGUCCCCCUUACACCAGUGCCUAUUAAAAUGCAGUCCCUACUGGAGCCUUCUGUAAAAAUCGAAACCAAAGAUGUCCCGCUCACCGUGUUGCCCUCAGAUGCAGGCAUACCAGACACUCCCUUCAGUAAGGACAGAAAUGGUCAUGUGAAGCGACCCAUGAACGCAUUUAUGGUUUGGGCAAGGAUCCACCGACCAGCACUAGCCAAAGCUAACCCAGCAGCCAACAAUGCAGAAAUCAGUGUCCAGCUUGGGUUAGAGUGGAACAAACUUAGUGAAGAACAAAAGAAACCCUAUUACGAUGAAGCACAAAAGAUUAAAGAAAAGCACAGAGAGGAAUUUCCUGGUUGGGUUUAUCAGCCUCGUCCAGGGAAGCGAAAACGAUUCCCUCUAAGUGUUUCCAAUGUAUUUUCUGGUACCACACAGAAUAUCAUCUCUACAGAUCCUACAACAGUUUAUCCUUAUUGCUCACCUACAGACUCUGUGGUAAUUCCCAGCCUACAGAAUCCCAUCACUCAUCCAGUUGUACAUGCCCUUACAGUCGGCCUCCCUUUGGCUAUGGAAAUUUUCCUGGUUCAGUGCCAGAAUGCCUUGGUUAUUAUGAAGACAGGUACCAAAAACAUGAGGAUAUAUUUUCAGCUUUAAAUAGAGACUAUUCUUUCAGAGACUACUCAAGUGAACGCACACACAGCGAAAAUUCUCGGAGUUGUGAGAACAUGAAUGGAACUUCUUUCUAUAACAGUCAUAGCCACAGUGGGGAAGAAUACUUAAACCCUGUGCCUCAACUGGACAUUGGAGCCUUGCAGAAUGUCUUCACAGCCCCGACAUCAACUCCUUCCAGCAUCCAGCAAGUCAAUGUCACUGACAUUGAUGAGGAGGAAGAAGAAAAAGUGCUCAGGGAUUUAUAAUUUUAAAACAAAUAUGCACAGAAAAUAAACAUUUCUUAAAAUACAUUCUGGGUCAGUUGGUAUGAGAAAAAAAAAGCCUAGAAUUCUUUGUUGAAAGUUUUUUCAGUCAUGAUUUGAGGAGUUAAAACCAAAUACAAUUUAUGUCUUCAUAAACUUUUCAUUAGUGAAACUAGAGUCUGGAUGUUUCAUUGUAGGAAUAUUUAAGUUAUUAAGUAGUUUAUUUUUAAUGGCUGAAAUUUGCAUCAAUAUGUAUUAUUAUUACUUUAUCCUGGGACAUGCAAAAUACUGAAGCCUCACAAUUGUAUGUGAGGGGAAAAGGGGUAUAAAUCUGGCAUAGUGUGAUUUUUAUUUUAUCUCAGGAUACAUUUUUUAAAAUGAUUUUUUGUUUGCUGUUUAUGUAAUACUUAUGGAUGCUGUCAAUUUUUGAUGUAACAUUUUGAAAGUAUUUUGACAACUCAGUGAACUUGGACUCGGUUGCUAAAUUUAACUUACACUAAUAACAGAUUAUAAGUUCCAAAUGUGUUUUAAUGGCACCUGGGUGAUUCCUUCAGCUAAAUUUAGUCAUUUCUGUUUCUAAAUAUUUUAUCAUUUUAAAGUAUUUUUUUUCCAUUUGGCAUACAUUGUUCUUUGUUGUAAUUAAAUAA